UCUCUCUCUCUCUCUCUCUCUCUGCUCCCUGUCCUUCUUGUCUGAAUCUGUAACUAACAAUGUCUGAGAGACCAAGCCGUCACCAGAGAAGGCCUUCUCUGAGCGUUUUUCCGAACUCCCUCCUGGAUCUCACCGACAUAUCUGUCACAGCAAACCCUCCAUCCACCAUCCCUUCUCAGCCGCCGCGCUAUCAGAUGCCUCCGCCUACUCCAGCUGCUGCUCCUCCAGCAAACAGUGACAAGAAAGAUGACAAUGCUAGCAAGGAAGGGAACGCCUCUUCUAACUGAUUUCGUUUUUUCCUUUGCUUUUACUUAAAAAUUUAAGCCUUCUAUCAUCGCAUAAACCUUUCCCUGUCUUCAUUCUAAUAUCGCAUAAUAAAUUAAUAAUCAGUCUUUUGUAAAAUGACUUAUAUGAUAAUGAAUCAAUCGUAA